CAAUUUCUGUCUUCUGUCAUAAAAACUUCAUCAAAAACUAAGAAAAAGAAACCAAAACGAAAAAAGGAGACGAAGCAGAAUUUUUCCUUUUCUACUAAGAUCAAUUUUUCAUAAUUUUUACAAAACAACGUCUUUCUAAACUUAUCUCGAUUUAUAUAAAUCUCAUAAUUGAUUUUAUUAUAAAUAAGACACAUAACACAAACAAAAUAUAAGAAGGCAUGGCAAAUGAAAACGAAGAAAUCCUCCAAAACAACAACGAGACAGAAGGCAAUGAAACACAGACGACAAUUAUUGGAGAUAAAUUGAGGAAGAUUUCGUUGGGUGGCUGUAAUACGGUUCCAAGUCAGCCUGUGGCCACAACUAAUGGCGAUGCCACAGACAACAGCUGUAAACCAACAACAAAAUUCAACACUCCAAGCACAGCGGCAACAGGAGCAUUGGGAGACUACAAAAAUAUCCGGGCAACAACAACCAGUGCAAUUCACAGUGAGACCCACACACAGCAACCAGUUCGACGGGAGGAGAAUCCUUUUUCCUUUAAACAUUUUCUCAAUCGCGAACCAUCUUCCAGCAGCAGUGCUACCAGUAGUAGUUUCGUCAUAAGCACCACCCCACUGAGUUCUGAAAGAGAUUCAGCAGUAAACAACAAUGAUACAGGAACGACAUCGUCAUCGACGACGACAAUGUAUCAGACUUCAACAGGGGCGCGGCCAAAAGUUCCUCAGUCAUCGUCCUCGUCGUUGAUUGGUGGUAAUAGUGCCGCCACUUCUACUGGUGGCAAUGGAAAUGUGAGCAAUGCAGUUCCCACGGAGUCUUCAAAGAUGAAGCGGUCGCCGCGAUUUUCCUCCUUCGACUCGCAGGCGAGUCUAGCUGAGUACGCAGCGACCGGGAGUGGAAUGUUGGGCGGUGUUAGUGGUUCAUCGUCCUCGGCAGGAAUCAACACCCGAUCAUCGCCGAGUUUUCGAAUCAGUCAAAACACUGACGAUGAUGCGAGCUCGGCUGCUCCAAAAGAGGAUCUCCUCGCCGCAGAUCCCGAUCGGCAACAGUUUGUUCCCAGACGGUCAUACUCCAACUACGAUAUUGAAGUGCAACCAUCGCCUCGGAGAAGAGUUCCCGAUGCCGCUCGGCCAGCACGGGGCUUUCCCAAGCCCCAAAUCAGCCAGAACCAUCACAGUUCCACAAGUAAUCCCAAUCAGCGUCCACCGAAUCCUGAGUUUGCGGCAGCAGCUCUGCCAGACUUUGUCCAGGACCACUGGAUGGACGCGUGGUAUUGCAAUGAAAUGAACCUACAUUCACCGCCAAAUUCACCGAAUUCUCCGAUUGACUUUGUCGAGGAUAUCACCGGGGGAGUUGCCAGCUCCGCCUCUGCAGGUAGCAAUACCUGUCAAGGGGCAGACACCAAAUGCCAGACCUUGCCUGAUUUUCUCUCAGACGGUCCGAUAAUCCACUCCUCCCAGCGUUUGGCGGAUGUGGCAGCCGGCCUACCAGCUGCCGCCAAUUGGUCGAAUAUGGAUUCGCCGGAGGAUGAUUCACCGAGUUUGCAACUAUCGAGGCUGAGGCUAGAGAACGAGAGGCUUUGCAUUGAACUAAACGAGACGCGUCAGGCUCUGGGCGAGCAGACGAGACGAACAAAUGAACUAGAAAGAUCUCUCGAACAAGCACGAUCCAUGGAAUCGGCAUACAAUCGAACAAUGGCGCAGAAUAUUGGACUGGUGGAGGAGGAUCUAGACCAAAGUAAGAAGCGCACAAUUGCUGCAGAAAAUCAAGUGGCUAAAUUGAAUUUACAAGUUAAACAAUUGACAGCGGAAGUCAAUGGACUUCGAAAGGAAAAUGAAUCGCUUCGAGAUGGUGGCGGCGAUGGAGCUGUAGGUGGGAGGAGCAAUAAUGAACAGAGGUCGACCGCAGCCAGUUCCUCGUCGAGAAAUAGACCGUCCAGAUCGCUACAGAUCUCCAGAGAACUACAAAGAGCCGCAGCCACUGCUGAAAGCAAUUUAAGGCAACUCUUGGCUGGUGUGGAUAAUCUUCGUCAGUUGGCGGCCGAUAUCGAAAACACAGAUAGCCGCUUCGAGUACGAUGAUUCUUUUAAUUCAUCAACCUAUCCACCGAUGUCUGACGAUUUUGUAGAAGGCGGCGGCGGCGGUGAUGACUAUGAUGACUACACUGGCGGACCAUCCUUGUAAUAAACUAAACAAAAAACUAACACAACAAAAACUAAAAAUGCAAUGUUCGCACCUCCCUCCUCCUCCCUGCAUAGAACACUUCACUAAAACAAAACACAGAAAAAACCUUGCUGCUGUUUGAAUCAUCAAAUUAAAAAUUUAAAGAAAAGAAUAUUUUCAGCUUUGGCAUACAAAAAUAAAAAUACAAAAAGCAAUCUUACGCCAGCUCAAUGUGAAAGUGUUAGACAAAAAUAUAAAAUAUUAAAAACUAUAUUGUUCAAAUUUUAAUUAUUUAAUUUAUAACAAAAAAAAACAUAAACAAAACAAUUUUUGUUCUUCUUGUUUUAUAUAAAUCGUUUUUAUUUUAAACUUUUUUUAGUUGGACUUUUAUUAAUAUUUUUAUUAUUAUGUAUAUCUCAAGCCUCUUUAUAUGCAAAUAAAAAACGCAUAAAUGGCUAUAAAAUAAAAACAAACAAAAACCUUGAAAAAUAUAAAGAAAAAGAAACUAAAAUUGAGUGAUAAAAGAAAUAAGAUAGAAAGAAAGAACAAAAGAAAAAUAUGCAUAUUUAUUUUCAAAGAAAGAAACCAUUUUCUUUAAUAGUUAUAAUUUUUAAAAAAUACAACAAAUUAUAUUAAAGAGGAAACAAGUAUUUUGUCUCUUAGUUUUUGUUUAAAUUAAGUUAACAAAUUUUAGGAAAAGAAACUUAUUGAAAAAGAGGAAAAAGAAGAAGAAAGAUUUAAAAAAAAGAAAAGGAAUAUUAAUGUUUAAAUUAUGUAAUUAUAUUAUUAUUAUUAUUGCUAUAUUAUAUAAACCUACCUAUUGAUAACCUAUGGCUUGUGUUGGUACAACUGAAAGUAUAAUACAUUUAUAUGUAAAUAAAAUAUACGUAUAUAUUAUUAUUAUAUACAUAUAUAUAAAUAUAUUUUAAACAAAUCGAAAAAAAGAUUGAUAAAACUAUACUUAUAGCAAAACAAAGUGAUUAAAAUAAAAACAAACAUAUUUCAAAAAAGAAAAAAACAGAAAGCACUUAAAAAGGAAAAUUAAUGAUGAUGAUUAAUUAUUAUUAUAC